AUGAAUAAAAUAAAAGUUCAAAAAACAAUAGAUUGCUUUUUUACUCGUAAAAGACAGAAAAUCACAAGUACAGAAAUUAAGGGAAGUGAUGAGAAAUGUACAGAUACUAUUAUACAUAAUUAUUUAAAAGAUUCAGAAAAAAAAGAAAAUGAUGAUAAGAAAAGGAAAAUUAUGAAUGAAGAUAAAUUAGAAAAUAUGAAAAUUAUUAAUGAUACUAAUUUAAAUAUUACAAAAAUUACGGAAAAUGAAGCAAACAAAAAUGAACAAACCUAUGAUUAUAUAGAAGAAAUAAGAAAAUUAAUGCAUAUAGAAUGGUUUGAAGAACUAAAGGAUGAAUUAAAAAAAAGUUAUUUUAAAAAUAUGUAUUUAAAAAUAAAGGAAGAAAGAAAAUUUAAAGUUAUUUACCCACCUGAGAAAUUAGUUUUUAAUGCUUUUUUGAAAACACCUUUAUCAAAAAUAAAGGCAGUUAUAGUAGGUCAGGAUCCUUACCAUCAAAAAAACCAAGCAAUGGGAUUAUGUUUUUCCGUACCUGUUGGUAUUAAAAUACCACCAAGUUUAAAAAACAUUUUAAAAGAAAUAAAACAAAAAAGUAGCCAUGGGAAUUUAAUUAGUUGGUCAGAGCAAGGAGUUUUUUUAUUAAAUACUUCUCUAACUGUUGAAGAAAACAAACCAGCAUCUCAUAAAAAUUAUGGAUGGGAAACAUUUACUGAUAAAGUUAUUAAUAUAAUAAAUGAAAAAAAAGAAAAAAUUGUUUUUAUGUUAUGGGGUAAUUUUGCCUUUAAAAAAUGCUCUAAAAUUGAUGUAGGAAAACAUUAUAUAUUAAAAGCUGGACACCCAUCUCCAUUAAGUAUAAAGCAUUUUGAAAAUUGUGAUCAUUUUAAUAAAUGUAAUAAAAUUCUUAUUGAAAAUAACUUAGAUCCAAUUAAAUGGGAAUUGCCACAAUAA